AUGCGCGAGGUUGUUUUUACAAAAAACGAUUCAGAUGGCAUCGCUGAACUGACACUGUACAAUCCAGAUGCGAAAAAUUCUAUCAACGGUUAUAUGAUCGUUCAGAUUUCUGACAUUAUUGAAAAUUUAUCGGACUGGAAGCAAGGACGAUUAGUUAUAUUUAAUGGUGCAAAUGGUUCAUUUUGUUCGGGAGGCGAUCUUAAUUUUAUAAAAGAGGUUGCUAAUCCAGCCGAUGGAUACGUUAUGAAUCGAUUUAUGAGUGAAACAUUUGCAAAACUGCGAACCUUGCAACUAAUUAGCAUUGCUCGUAUUGAUGGUUAUGCUCUUGGUGCCGGUGCUGAAUUAACUAUUGCAUGUGAUUUACGCGCCAUGCAUGUGCAUGCAAAAAUUGGAUAUGUUCAAUCGAAGUUUGGUAUUACUCCUGUUUGGGGGACAUCUCACUUGUUAUUUAAAAUUCUUGGGCGACCCAGAGCGAUUGAAUUAUUAUCCUCCGGAAAUGUUUUGAAUGCGAAUGAAGCAAGAACGAUUGGUUUAGCAAACUUUGUUUUCAAAGAUAAUGCCGAAUAUGAUGCUUGGAUCCAGCACUUUUUAUCGAUUGAACCAGACGUUCUUAGGGCAGUAAAACGAAUUUCCACUGAUUCAGAACAUUCGCCUAUUAAUGAUGCAAGCGAUGCUGAACGAAAAGUGUUUGUCGAAACUUGGGGUGGUGAUGCGCAUUUUAAAGCCUUAAAUUCUGGAAAAAAACAUCGGUAA